UUUUUUAUUACAAAUUUUUAUGUCGAUGUAAAAAAAGUCUAUAAAGAUUUUUUUGUUAAAUUUAUUUUUGUUAAAUUUUUCUUGCUCCCGAUUUUUAUUUUUAAGAUUCCAUUUAAAAAUUUUUUUUCAAUUAAUAGCUAAUCUGACAAUUUCUUUUUACAUUAAUUGAUUUUUUAAAAUUUUAUUUUAAAAAUUAAUUUUUUUAGAAAAAAAUUUCUUUAUUUAAAUUUUUAUAUAAAAAUGGCAGCCCGGAAGACAGUUACACGUAGAGCUAGACCCCAAAGGGCAACUAGUAAUGUUUUUGCAAUGUUUGACCAAGCACAAAUUCAGGAAUUUAAAGAAGCUUUUAAUAUGAUUGACCAAAAUCACGAUAAUUUUAUUGAUGAGCAUGAUUUGAAGGAUAUGUUUGCCUCUUUGGGGAAGGAUGUUAGCGAUAAAUUUAUUGAGGAAAUGAUUAAUGAGGCUUCGGGAACUAUUAAUUUUACUAUGUUUUUGACUCUUUUUGGAGAGAAAUUGACUGGGACAGAUCCAGAAGAGGUUAUAAAAAAUGCUUUUCAAUGCUUUGACGAGGACAACAGCGGGACUAUUUCAGAAGAAAGACUUCGAGAAUUGUUAACUACAAUGGGGGAUCGAUAUACGGAUGAACAGGUUGAUGAACUUUUUCGUGAUGCUCCAAUCAAGAAUGGACGUUUUGAUUAUAUGGAAUUUACUCGAAUGUUGAAACAUGGAACUAAGGAGAAGGACGAAGAAAAGGCUAAAUAAAGGGAUGAGAAGUGUUUAAAUAAAUAAAUAAAUAAAGGUUUUUCUUUUUUAAAUCAUUCCCUCGUUUUGUUAAAGGCACAAAUGGAAAAUUUGAAAAUUAUUUUGAAAUUCUUUAAGUAGAUGUUUGUUAUAUGUAGUAACAAUUUUGCAAAAAUAUAGAGGAAAAAAGGGGGUCUGUCCGGUUCAAUAUUACCUAAAUCUCCCUUGGAGGGUUUUUCUGGAAAUUAUUUCUGAGGAACAUUUAAUUGCAAGUCUAAUGGAUUUUUUUAUUUCAGACAUUAUAUAUUUCAAUCUAACUGUUGUA